CCUCCCUGCUCGGGGAGCCAGGGCCGCCCCUUGUCCGGCCACCCCCACUGCCCAGUCCCGCUCCCAGCCGCGGCAGCGGCAGCGGCAGCAGCGUCCUCAGGAUGGUCAGCGUCGCGGCCGGUCGGCCCGCCGCCGCUGCCGCCGCCCCCCCGGUCCGGCCCGCAGUCCCUGGUCCGCGCCUCUGCUCCCGGCCCGGCCCCGGUACCGGACGCCCUCCCGGCCCUCGCACACUCACCUAGAAUUGGGGCCGGGAUGCCGAGCUCUGUCGAAGAUGCACUGGACACCAGAACAUGCCCAGCCCCUCAACCAGUGGCCGGACCAGCACCUGGAUGUCUCUUCCACCACUCCGUCGCCGGCCCACAAGCUGGAGCUGCCCGCUGCGGGCCGUCAGCGCUGCCAUUAUGCCUGGGCCCAUGAUGACAUCUCCACGCUCACGGCCUCCAACCUCCUCAAGCGCUAUGCCGAGAAGUACUCGGGCGUGCUCAGUGCUCCCUAUGAUAGGCCCGCCCUGGGGGGCUACGCAGAGGCCGCCUUCGGAGCCAUCAACGGGGCCAAAGGAGAGGUGGACUCCUGGCCUGGGACACCCGGGACGGAGCCCCCAUACCCCGUCACCUCCCUCCAUGAGGGUCUUCCAGGAGCCAAGGCAGUCAGUGGGGGCGUGGGAGGGGGGCCGGGAGGCCUGGCAGGAUCCCCUGUUUUAGCCGGGAAUCUUCCUGAGCCUCUGUACACUGGCAAUGCCUGUGGGGGCCCCUCUGGGGGGCCUGAGUAUGGUCCAGGAUAUGGUGGGGGAUACCUUGCCACUGGGUACUGUGGGCAAGCAAGUGCAGCCCUGCCCCCCCCACCCUCAGCGGGGCUCCUCCAGCCUCCCCCUCCCCCUGGCUACGGCCCUUCCAGCUCCCUGUACAACUACCCCUCAGGGGGCUACCCGGCUCAGCCUGGAUUUGGGGGCCUCCCCCCACCCCCACCCCCCACCUCUUACCUUUCCUCGGGUCUGGCAGCACCCACACCUUUGCCCCCAGCAGCCCAUGCCCCUCCCACGCCCGCAGCCUACAGUUUCCAGCCCCCCGCCCCGGGCAGCGAGCCAAGCAUCUCACUGAAGCGCAAGGCCUUUGACGAAGGUGGGGAAGGCCGAUACCACAAAUGUGGCUAUGAGCCCGCCAAACCCCCCAUCCCUGACGGCCCCCCCUACCCUCCUUCAAACAACAAUGGCGAAUGCCAAGGCAACGGGUUCCCAGGGAAGCUGCCGGGGACCAGGGAGGAGGUGUCGGGAAAAUAUGGCGGUGGAGGGGCCCCCUCUCUCAAGGGGUUGGGCUCUCCAGCUUACACCCCGCACCCAGAGCCCUUUGAGAAGUUCCCCGAACGGGUGUCGGCGGAGCGAGGGCUGGUCCCAACCUCUCGGGGGGGCUUUGCUGUCCCCGGGGAGCCUCCCAAGGGUGUGGACCCUGUGGCUCUGGAGCUAGUGACCAGCAAGAUGGUGGACUGCGGGCCCCCGGUGCAAUGGGCCGACAUCGCGGGACAGGGCCCCCUCAAGGCCGCCCUCGAAGAGGAGCUGGUGUGGCCCAUGCUGAGGCCGGCCACGUACUCACGAGGGCCUUGCCCGCCCCGGACUCUGCUGCUUUUUGGCCCCCGGGGGGCAGGGAAGUCCCUUCUGGGCCGCUGCCUCUCCACCCAGCUGGGCUCCAUGCUGCUGCGCUUGAGCGGGGCGGCCCUGGCCGCCCAGGGGGCCGGGGAGGGCGGGCGGCUGCUCCAAGCUGCCUUCUUCGCCGCCCGAUGCCGUCCGCCCGCCGUGCUGGUCAUCAGCGAGCUGGAAGCCCUUCUGCCUGCCCAGGAUGAGGCCCCCGCUUCCGGAAGCCUGCAGGCGCAGCUCCUGGCUUACCUGGAUGGGGGCGGUGGCUCUGGUGGGGAGGGGGUAGUGGUGGUGGGCACCACACCCCGCCCGGGGGCACUGGAUGAGGCUGCCCGGAGGCGCUUUGCUCACCGCUUCUAUGUGCCCCUCCCCGACGCAGCUGCCCGCGGGCAGAUCCUCCAGCAGGCGCUGGCCCAGCAGGGGUGCGGGCUGAGUGAGGGGGAGCUCUCUGCUCUGGUGCGGGGCACCCAGGGAUACUCGGGGGGCGAGCUGGUGCAGCUGUGCCAGCAGGCCGUGGCCAGAGCCGGGGCUGGGGGGGGGCUCCCGGGGCUGCCGCCCGCCCCCUCCUACAAAGACUUUGAGGCAGCCUUGGCCAAAGUGUGUCCCCAGGCAUCCCCCAAGGAGCUGGACUUGUACGUAGAAUGGGACAAGAUGUAUGGCACAGGACACUGAGGGGUGGGGGGGAUGCCCCCAGCCCCCCUUAGCAGGGAGCGACGACUACUUUGGGAUGUCUCUGUAACUGAUAUCAGGGAGGGGUCUGCGGUGGGGAGGGGGGGAGGGGGAAUCCGUGUGAGCUGCUUCCUUCCGUGGUGAGGAGGAUGCUUCGGCCCUGCCUGGACACCCAGGGAAGGCUCGAUAUACUCAGGUCUCUACUAUUUAUUACCCAGCCCUGGGCUAAGUGACCUCAGGUCCCAGGAGCCUUUCUUUCCAUCUGUCCCUCUUUUUGUGGAGAGGAUUGUCUUGUUCUCUCUUACCCCAUCUCAUCUCCAUCUUUACUGGCCUCUCUCUUCUCUUCUUGUCUAGCUCUCUCCAGUUCCAUCCAUCUUUCUGUGUGUAUUUCCCUCUAUCUCGUUAACUGCCAUCUCUUUCUAUAGCUCCUCCUUCUUUUCUCGAUAUCUAUUCAUCUCUGACUUUCUGUCCCUAACAGAUAGCCAGAGCAGUGUUCCUGAACAGCAGACAAAGGGGCCUGUAGCCUCUGUCUGUUGUUAAAGAUCCCAGGAAUGGAGAAAUAAUUCAAUACUCUUUAUUUCCCUCUCCUUCCUGGGACCGAUACUCUGCUAUCCCGGGCUGCCUUCCAGCCUGUGGGAGCCAAAAAAAAUUUAAAAAAAAAAGCCAAAUAAUACCCCAAGUGAGGGAUUUUUUUUUUUUUUGAGCGGGGGGAGUAGUGUGUUUCAUAUUCUAGACCUCCCUAUUAUUUUUGUAAGGUUUGUAGAAGUUGCUGUUUUCUGUCUUUUUUUUUUUUUAAUGACUCAGGAAGAAACCCCAGAAAGAAUGUCUUUGAAUAAAGCUGCUCCCCUAGCUUCUCUAUAGGGGCUGAGAGCAACUUCUCCCCAAAAAAGGGCUUAGGAAAUGGGACUAGUAUCAAAAACUCCUUGACUCUGGCCCUUCUCCCAACUCCCAGCUCUUUCUGGAAGAGAAGCUGAAUGUAUUUUUGGGGCUUCCUCUCCAAGUCUGAGGCCAUAAGUAUAAGGAUUUGGGAGGGAGCUGCUGGAUUUGGUUAUUUAAGGCAGGGGAUGUUCCUUAGCCCGGAAUCCCCUCUAUCUUGGAUGUUCUCCUAUCUCCCCCUCCCUAUCUCUCUGCCUGUCUCCUGCUGGAUUCUGUAGAAAAGUUGUGAGUUUUGAAAAAGCUAUUUGAAAAAAAUACAAAAAACCCAAAUCCUACUAUGCAUCCUGCGAUCUUCCCUAUCCCAAUUCCGAAGCUCUGCGUGCUGGUCAUCUCCGGAGCUGGGAGAAGGAAGAGCUCUCAUUGGUUUGGCAGGACUUCAAGGGGCUCUAACGAAUGGAGGCUAGGAAGGGAAGAUCCUCAAGUCAUGCGUCUUGUCUACUGGGAUUUAGGACCCCAUCCAUCACCGGGAUGUAAAUUUGUGCCAAGAUGUCGCUGGAAGGUUUUUGGUUUUUAGUUGGUGGGAAGUGAGAGGCAGCAAUGGUGCCAGUAGGAGCUCCUAACUCCUGGGCAAAUAGUUCUCAGCAUGACCUUAGAAAGGUUCAGGAAAGUUGAGUUUUCCAGAAUUGGAAUGGGAAGAGGAUUGACGUCCUGGUUCUAAUAAUAAGGAAAACAUCAUCUGAGUGCCCUGAAUUAGAGAGCUGAUGGGAGGGAGGUGAAGUGAAAUAUAUUUCUUCCUCCCUCCCUCUGCUCCCAUUCAUACCAGGGACGCCCAGUAGGUUUUCAUUCUGUCAUGGACACUUCUCCAGAGAACUGAGGCAAAACCAAAGGAUCUUCCCCACUCUGCCCAUCUCUCGAAGUACAGGGGAUUCAGGGUGGGGAAUAGAUAGUCCCAUAGGUGGAUGUCUUCCUGUUGGCUUUGGGCUAUUUGUACCAAAAACCUCCCUGGUCGUUUCCCCUUUCCCCCAUCUCAGGCCUUUAUCUCAGAAAUUCAGAUGCUUCUUUCUUUCCCACACAUCCAGAUGCCCAGGCCUCUUGUGCUGACUAACCCACGUGUGGCUGGGAACGAGGGAAGGUGUUUGUGCCUUGGUCUAUGGAAUGAGGAGUAGGGA